GGUCGGUGGUCGUAUCUGGGCCGGAGUUAGCAGUCAACCGCGGCCUCCGGGCCGUCGGCAGUGGCAGGCCGAUAGCCGCGUCAGUGAGAGCCCAGCACCCGACAUGAAGUGAGAGUAGUGCCGUCAUGUGGCCCGCGCUGCAGCUGUUAGUGUUGCUCUGCCACAUCGCCGCUGUACCGGCAGAUGCGGACGGUAUGCAGUGUUACAGCUGCGGCGGCCUCGUCUCUGACCAGCCCGGUCGCAGCUGCGCCGAGUUCGACGAGGCGCUCUCCUGGUCCCUGUUUGUGGUCACCUGUCCCCAGGACCACAUUUGUGUCAAGACCACGUCCCUCUACAGCGGCGAGUUCCGCGGCUGUGGCGCCCGGCAGUCGUGGUACGGACUCAAACACGAGCUCGGCUGUCGAGAGGCGGACAUGCCCGACAGCCAGACGCAGUUCUGUUUCUGCGACACACCGCUCUGUAACGCGGCGCCGUCCCAACGGACCGCUCCCGGCCUCGGCAUAGUGCUAACUGUGGCAGUGAUGGCAGCAGCGGGGGCGGGUGUUCUGAGGCCACAUCGGUGACACGAACAGAUCGCCCCAGGGGGACAGAAGGACGAUCGCAGCCCGAGCUUGCUAAAACUGCCGACAAGGACCCACCGGUGACCUGAACUGCCGUGAUAAGAGUGUAAGACAGGAGUGGCGACCAGUCUACUACACUCACCGUCUACAGACACCCAAAGGGACCGGCUGCAGACAGAGUAAAGGCGGACGCCGUGGGCGGCGGCUGCGUGGGAGAGGAGUGUGAGUCACCUCGGCCGACUACCGCCCCCCACAGCAGGACAGCGACCCACGGGAGGUCAGAGGCACGACGGACAUAUGUGACAGCGGAACUGGCAUUAACACGCGACAGUGACGGCUGACGGCUGUCACAGAGUAGCAUCCACGCGGCAAAGAACCGACCGUGACUGUGGACUGUGGUGUGUGAGACACAAUCCACAGCUAGAACUGUAACCUAAGAGUCACAAGUCACUACUGUGAAGCGGUGAUGUAAGCCACGCUACAGCCCGGUCGUGCCGCUCUGGGGGUCUGACUCUGAAUAAUGCGGGCACGGAUCGAUAUCGCCAUGGGGGGUCUGAAUAAUGCGGCAUACCCAGAACGACACUGGGCGACUACGGUCACCGACCACAACCUCCACCGCGUGGUGAGGGCAGGGGCGGCUGCGGGGUGGCGGCGGGGGCGGAUACAAAAACGUGAUAGCGGUGCGCCCAGUGACGAUAUGAGCUGACCUGCGGUUUGCAGUGGGCACCACCGAUCUAAUAUCCAGUCACACUGCACGCAGUGGUGAUGCAUUGCCAACAGUCAUAACCUCAGUGAUUGUGGUUGUUUUCGCCUCUACGAAGUCAAUGUAUGUAUGCAUCCAUGUAUGAAGUUGGAUAUGAAGGUAGGGGCUUCUUGAUGACGCUUACGAAUAUAUGUGGCAAUAAAAGAACGCACACACCA